AUGUCUACCGAGUCCAUCAGCGUUAUUGUGCGCUGUCGAGGACGAAAUGAGCGCGAAUUGCAAAUGAAGAGCCCUGUGGUGGUACGUAUUCCGGACCAGUCGGGCGCGAACCAGGUCAGUGUCAACACAUCGCAGGAUUUCAUUACCAGCCAAGUUGCAGACACAAGAGUUUAUACUGUGGAUCAAGCCUUUGGUCCUGCGGCCGAUCAAACAGUGUUUUUCCGUGACGUUGGUCUGCCGUUGGUCAGCGAGUUCCUGAAAGGCUACAAUUGCACGAUCCUGGCCUACGGUCAAACAGGAUCCGGGAAAACGUACACCAUGUGUGGAGACAUCAGCGACAAGGAACCGGGAAGAGAUGCAGGGCUCGUGCCGCGCGUACUUUGCAAGCUAUUUGAAUGCGUGGACAAUGACUUUAUGAUUAAAUGCUCGUUUGUUGAGAUUUACAACGAGGAGCUGAAAGAUCUGCUUGGAGAUACAAAAAACGCCCGUCUUCGCAUCUUCGAGCGCAAGAACUCGAGCGGAAACGGUAUCAGGAUCGACGGUCUUGAGGAGCAUCACAUUCGCAAGGCUGGAGAGGGGCUGGAGCUUUUGAAAAAGGGGUUGGAACGUCGCCAAACGGCAGCUACCAAGAUGAAUGAUUUGUCUAGUCGGUCGCACACAAUUUUCAGCAUCACAUUGAUCCAAAAGAAAAAUGACUCAGAGUACCAGUAUGCCAAAAUGAACCUUGUGGAUCUGGCUGGGUCGGAGAACAUCAGCAGGUCAGGGGCGAUAAACCAGCGCGCAAAGGAAGCGGGCUCCAUCAACCAGUCGCUUCUCACAUUGGGCAGAGUCAUUAACGCUUUGGUCGACAAGAGCAGCUAUAUUCCGUACAGGGAAUCCAAACUUACGCGGUUGCUACAGGAUUCGCUUGGAGGAAAGACAAAGACCGUGUUAGUUGCCAACAUCUCUCCUGCUGGUGUGGAUACGCAAGCUACCACUAGCACUUUAGAGUAUGCUACUAAGGCCAAGGAUAUCCGAAAUACAGCCCAAAUCGGGCCUUUGAUAUCGGACAAAGUGCUGCUCAAAGAGCUUGUCGACGAAAAUUAUCGUCUGAAACUUGACUUAAAGGCCACAAGAAACAAGGAAGGAGUGUACCUGAACGAGUCCAACUACAAUGAGCUCAUGAUUAAUUACAAGAACCUCACCAGUGAAACAGAGGAACUAAGACGUCAAAACGAGCUUCUGACGAUGCAAGCCAACGAGAACGCACAUCUUCUGGAAGAUGAAAGAAGGGAAAAGCUCAAGAGCCUCCAGAGCAUGAAAGCAAUGGAAGAGCGACUUUCUCAGCUUGAAAGUGCUCUGGAGAGUCAGCGAUCUCGAGAAGUGAAUGUAAUAAAACUAACACAACAGGUCGUUGAGCAUUGCAACCAGGAAUCAGAAGAAAUGAUGAAUAGUCAGAGCCGGUACCAGAAGAAGCUGAAUGAGAAGCUUGAGGAACUGAUCAUGCCGGUGAUGCAACAUGUUGCGAAAAAAUCCCAGAAUGGUGAUGAUUUUGGCGUCGCCAAAUUGGGCGAGAAGAUCUCUGAACAAUUGCAGACCAUUGGAAAAGAGCAACAAAUGCUCACAAACCGAAUACUUGAGAAAACCGAAGAGCUACGUGCUUUCAGAGGCGAGUUGGAUAGAGUUUUCAGUGAACUCAAGAACCAGCUGGGCUUACUGAGAUCAGGAAUUAGCGAAUCACAAAACAACGAUACCAAGUUCGAUCACUAUCUACGUACUGUGUUUGACGAUAAGCCGAUCGUGCAAAAUGUCGCCGCCGAAUCAGAGAAAAUGAUAGAAGAGAUGAAGUCCCAGCUUAUUUCUCAGUUCUCGCAAUUUUCCAAGCAUCUGACGCAAACAACCAUCGAAGUGGUACUCAAUUCCACCAAGGAUAAAAUUUCCGAGGAGCAGACUAAAUGGGCCAUGAAUAAUUCCACGCUCGCGGAAACUUUGGCUGACCGUAACGUCAAAGUGUUGUCAUCGGUGGACCAGUGCGCAUCAUCUCUUCAGUCGCAUCUGGAGGCAAAUGUUGGAUACUUGAACUACCAAAAAGCCAAGCUAGCUAAUCUGAACAACUGUGUAGCAGCCACCAAUACAGACGUGGCCGAACAGUCUGAGAAACAAAACAAGAUACUCACGUCCUAUGAAUCGCUACAAUCGUCAAACAAAAAACUCGAAUUGACAAUGGGCCAGAUCAAGGAAAGUUUAUCAGACCUCCAUCAAGUCUUACCUCCCCCAAAACUGCACAAGCCUGUGCCAGGACUUCCAGAAUUGCAAAGGCUGAUUAACCAGCCCCUGCGCGAAUCGAAAAAUCGCAAAACACCGCAUUCCUCGCCAACUAAAAGAGCCCUGCCUCAGCCGUCUUCCGAAAAGCGUAGACACACACAGCAGAGCAAAUAA